GCACGCCGCAGCCAAGAGACGAGCAAGACCGGAGACGAGUAUACUUGCCGGACACGUACGGCUAUCCCCGCGACUCGAAACGGCAAAAUAGGCCGCCAGCCGCGAGGUAGCAAAGCACAAGCACAGACAGUAGCAGCCGUGUCGUCGCUAUAUAGUCGUCGACAUAUCGCCAGGCCAUUUUUGUACAUUUUGUUCGUUCGGCAUCUGCGUGACGUCGAAAUUACGUGGACAAACAAAAACAAUAGUCGCUGGUAAAACACCUGCACAAAAAUGAAAAAUUUCCUGCUGCUGCUGCUCAUCGCCUUGCCGGCUGUAAUCCUUAUCACUAGUCCAGGUAAAGGGCCAUUAGCUUAUGCUCAAGAGGAUGAUGUCAACGAUAUUAUUGAUGUCGAAGGAGAAGAAAGCACUAUAGUUACAGAAGAAGAACCCGAAGAAGAUUCUACUGCGACUGCUUCAAAAGAUAUAGAUACAACAAUUCUCUUUGUGGAACCAGUUCAUAACGCCUUAUCAACUCUUGAUCUUCCUGCUGGCAAGCCUGUUGAAUUUUUGAUUGGCUUCACAAACAAAGGAGAAGUUGAUUAUGUGGUAGAAACUGUUGAUACCUCUUUCCGUUAUCCCAUGGAUUAUAACUUCUACAUUCAAAAUUUCUCAACCAUUGCUUACAAUAAAGUUGUGAAACCCAAACACGAAGCUACUAUUGCUUACUCAUUUGUUCCUUCAGAAGCUUUUGCUGGAAGGCCAUUUGGACUAAACAUUAACUUAGCUUACAAAGAUAUUAAUGGUCUAUCAUACAGUGAAGCUGUCUUCAAUGAGACUGUCAACAUAAUUGAAUUAGAUGAAGGUCUUGACGGAGAAACUGUUUUCUUGUACAUAUUUUUGGCUGCUUGUGUUGUUCUUGGUCUUGUUGGUGGACAACAACUUUUGUCGUCAUUUGGAAGAAAAUCACGUCCCUCUGUCAGAAAAGCAACCGUUGAAGUUGGAACUACUAACCCUAACAAUGUUGAUUAUGAAUGGAUUCCUAAAGAGACCUUAAACAUGCUCAACAAAUCACCAAAAACUCCCAGACAAAGCCCAAGGCAAAGGAAAGCCAAAAGAGCAGUUGGCUCUGAUGACUGAAUUCAGUUUUAUUUAUACUGAUGUUGUUGCAAUAAGAAAAUAAUUAUAAAUAAGAUGUAAAAUUUAUAACAUUUGUGAGAAAGAUUGAUGCAUCUCUGCCACUUACAAGUAUCUUAUAAGUGGUAAUUUUACUUUUAAAUCACAACAUCUGACAUGUGAUCAAACUUUGUUUAUGUAGGUAAUAUAAAAUUUUUCUAUCUAAGUACAAUCUUUACAAAGUUUCUUUUAAAUAAACUUUUUUACAAAUA